AUGGAAGCUCAGCCUAAAAAUAGAUGGGUAAUGUCAGACUCCGAAGACGAAGAAGAGGAAGAAAAGGUCGAAACCGAAAAAAUUAUUACUUCUCUUCCUACUGUGGAAGAAGCUAAAGCUCCAAAGCAAAAAAAGAAAAAAAGAUCCAAGCCAAAAGAAAAAGAAGAAGAAAUUGACCCAAAUCUGACGACCAAAAUAGUUAUAGAGCAAAAAACUGAGGCAAAAAAUUUAAGAGCUGAUGGUACAAUGGAUAUUUUUUUAAUUUUUGAAAAAGAAAUCCUUUAAUUUUCUUAUAGAAUGAUUUUUGGUUAAAGUGGACAGUUAAAUUUAUGUAAAAUUAAUUAUUUUUAAAUUUUUUUUCAUUGACAUGUACAACUGCUUCUAAGAAAGAAGUUCAGAAGAAAGAACUUGAUGAGCUUGAGUCAAUUUUGCAAGAAUUUGGAUUGCAGCCACAAGAGAAGGGAAAAACAGAAGCAGAGAUACAUGAAGAAAAUAGCAAGCAAAGCCAACAAAAAGGUAAGGCUAAAGUGUCCAAAAAAGAAGUUUUCGAAAACGUUCGUGCAGAAAUUAAUGCUAGAACGAAAAAAUCGAAGAAAAAAGAUAAAAUGAGUUAUCCUAGAUAA